GAGGUUGUGGUUGUGUUGGGAUUGGUCCUCACAGAGAUCGGGGUGUUGUGAUUGGUCCUCACGCCCCAUCGUCAUCACAACAAGUCAAAGCGAAACUCACACCGAGCUCCGAAUGGAUCCUAAAAGCUGUCCUUGAUUACCUGCUUACAACUCAAGGAACACAAGGAGAGAAGCAUUCUCCGUGUGAUAAGCCAGGCUACGAACCAGCCCGGAACUAGACCUGGGACAGCACGUCGGAGGAGAGAGAAGAGGAGAGGAGAGAGGAGUGAACAAGGAGGAUGGCGGGGUUCCUCGACAACUUGCGCUGGCCGGAGUGCAUCGACUGGGGGGAGAGGCGCAACACCGUGGCCUCCGUGGUCGCAGGAGUUCUGUUCUUUACCGGUUGGUGGGUGAUGAUUGACGCGGCGACCAUCUACACAACACAGGAGCAGAUGAACCACGCCUUCCACACGUGUGGCGUCUUCUCCACCAUCGCUUUCUUCAUGAUCAAUGCUGUGUCUAAUGGCCAGGUGAGGGGCGACACCUACGGAGAGGGCUGCUUCGGGAGGACGGGCGUCCGUCUCUGGCUCUUCAUGGGCUUCAUGGUGAUGUUCGGCUCCCUCAUCGGCGCCAUUUGGAUCCUGUUCGGCGCGUACGUGACACAGGGGAAGGAAGUUGCUCCGGGCCUGGCUGUGUUCUUCCAGAAUACUUUCAUCUUCUUCAGCACUCUCAUCUUCAAGUUUGGCCGGACUGAAGAUCUGUGGGGUUAGGGUCCUUGCCCCCCAUCCCCCCCCCAAUCUUCAUCUACUUUUUUUUUUUUGCUUUAAUUUCAAAUGUUUCUUCACGUUUCUAAUCACGCUGUACGGGCCAGUUUUGAACCCUGAGCUGGACAGUGUUUAUUACAGAUGCCACAUCCUGAUGUGCCUUCAGGGUCCAGCAACAUCAAGGCUACAAUAAGGAACAUGAUUCAGCUUAGUAAAUGCAUUUAUCUGAACAAUUAACUCAUUUUCGCUAUGACAUGGACACUAAAGGCUUAGUUAUGGUUCCACGUCUACUUUUUUUUCCGCGCAAGGGGGUUUACGGACCCAUUACGUCCUUGCGGACCCUCCUUGCGUCCGAUGUGUGCAUCCCAAAAUGUUUAACCUUGCGUCGAGGCGACGCAGCAGCGAGGGCUGCGAUUGGUCCGCUCACUAAAACACGAUGCAGAACCAAAACAGGUUCAGGACCGCGUCGAAUCAUCUGUGUGGUCAUUGCGUUGCGUCGACGUGGAACCAUUACUAAGCCUUUAGGCUAACGUCGCUAUAUGUUAUAUACUGAGCUGUAUGCUGCUUACAUAGAGGAGCGGUGUGGUCCAUCUGGGUUUGGGUCUUUUUGUAAUUUCCUAAAUCUGUAUUCAGUCCACAAGCUUAUCACAUUUAGGUGUUAUUUAUUCAGGGGAUCAAUAUGUAUUUAUCUACUUUCUGUCAAACGCACAGCUAGGAUCAUCGAAACUGUUGUUUUAAUCUUGGACCAAGCGUGUUGAUUCUUUGGUGCAAGAGGUUCCUUAAAUGGCCUGGGGUUGUUAAUGGUGAACUUGUCUAUUCAGAAUGCUGUAAUUAGAUGUAGUGUUCAGUAGAUUGUUAAAUGCUAAAGCCAUCAGGGACGGUGCCAUCAUUGUAGACACAAUGCGUAUCACAAAUGCUCCUCUGAUUGGCCAGAGGAUGACAGUUGCCAUAUAGACGUGGAGUAGACGUCCUGUCUGAGGCUGAUCUCAGUGGUCAGUGCAGGACGAGUGUCGAUCCCAACCUACGCUUCAGAGCGUCUCCCCUCGCUACUCGCUCAGCCGUUCGAACACUUUUUUUGUUCCAGCAUCUGCUGCAAACUUUAUGUCGUCUUUCACUGUCCCGCAAUUCACUUCCAAUCACGCUUGUUUUCAUGACGACUGCAUCACCUGUCCAACCCCUCCUCUCUGGGGAAAUCAGGCCUCUGUCCUCAACACUGGGCCGGUGGUCAUGGAGGCGUCUGUCGGGGAGCUGGAGAUGAACACGGACUGACCUGGAGCUCCCGGCCCUGACUGUUCGCUCCCUGGGGUCCAUCCCACUGCUUGGGAUGGGAAUUACUAAUAUCUAUUAUAAGUGCUGAAGAAUAUGUAUGGAUAAAAGGGAAAAUAAGCAACAGAGGUUCAUGUAUUAGUCCCCACCAGACUAGGAACCAGGUGGUGGUGGCGGAGAGGGCCAGGACUUAACAAUCCAUCCAUGUGACCUUCUAACCCUGGACCUCUGUAUCAAGGCUGUGGUGUGGAACAAUUAGCAAUCAAAGUUUCUUCCAUUUAUUUGCAAUCCUGAUACAUUCACCAUGACCACAGACAUGUCAACAUUAAGGGAUGGCCACGGGCCAGUUUGACCAGUUGACCUAGGCAGUGUUUUGAUUGGCUGCUUCACAUUUGAUACCGGCGAGAUAACAGCUGCUGUUCGGAGUGCUGAGGGUGUGAUGCCGAUCCGAAGGGAAGACCCUGAACUCAUUUUGUAUCCAAACCAAAUUACUUCUGAAUACUUUUAAACCAUUGUGAAUAAAAGUACAUAUGCUCUAGUCA